GGAGCGGCCGGAUGGGAAAUAAAUUCUAACUUAUCUUCCCAUUGUGCCCAGUCACACGGCAGGAGAGGCUUCAGCCCCAACAUCCCGCUAGCGGCAUCUAGAACUAUACCCACAGGGCACCUAGAACCCCAAGCAGAACCCAGAAUGAAGAUGCAGCCGGGGCAGGAGGUGAUCAUGGAGGGGGAGCUGGAGAAGCGCAGCGACAAUCUGCUUCAGUUCUGGAGGAAGAAGCUGUGUGUUCUGACCAAGGAAAGUCUCAGUCUGUUCCAGGACGGGCAGAAACGGUCUCGCUGCAAAGAACUCAAGUUCCAGAGCAUCAAGAAACUGGACUGUGUGGAACGGACCGACAAGUACAUUUACUUCACCAUCGUCACCACCGACAACAAAGAGAUCGAUUUCCGCUGCCCCGACCAGAGCGCGUGGAACGCAGCCAUUACAUUGGCUCUGAUAGAGUUCCAGAACAAGGCGGCUGUGCGGAGCUUCAGGUCCCAGCAGGGCACCCACAGCAGGGUGGCACCAUGUGUGUAAGGUUGGGCAACUCUGCCAAUGGAACAAAUGAGAGAAAGCCCGCGAGAAGCAGAGCGUCAGCUUCUGGGCAAGGAAACCACGAGGAGUAACGGAACAAUUUGCACUUGGUUGGCCGGAAGGCUCUUAUAUCUCCAGACUGGAACAGCCCAAACCUCGGCCGAACUGCUCUGGGACUAUUUCAUUUAUUUAUUAGUGGGAACCUUCCGCCACACUGGAUUGGUCCACAUAAUUUAUUAUAGGAAGCCGUAUCCACCAAUCCCUAUUUAUUUCUAUGGCUCUCCUUUCAUGUAUAAAUAUAUUUUAUAUAAUUAUAAAUAUGUGUUAUAAAAUUUAAUUUAUUAAAGUGACAUUUUUAUAAACUUUU